CGAUAAUAAAUGUGUGUGCAUCACUAAAAACCCAAAGAUAAAGACCAAAUAUAAGACAAUUGGGGCGAAAGAAGAAGAAAGAUAUCUUGGCUUUUUCUUCAACCGCAAAGGUGUAAUAAGCAAAGUAGAUGAUACGGUGAACAAACUGGAAAACCUCACAAAAUGCUAUUCGAGCGUGUCAUCAACGCUAAAAGGUAGAAUCACAAUCCUCAAAUCAUACCUGCUGUCCCAACUAACAUUCCAACUAUACAUCAACGAAAUAAAUGACAUAAAGAAACUGGAGAACGUUAAUGCCAACAUGUUAUUCAAAGGGGACAGGUGGGCUAUCUCAAAAGAAAGGAGCAGAAGAGACUAUGAAAUUGGAGGCCUGGAACUCUGGAAUAUGGCAACCAGAUCCAAUGCCCAGAAAGCAUGGAUAUACGAACAAUACCUCAGAGAAAAAGACGACCAGAACUGCCCUCCACAUAUGGAAGUCUGGAAGUCGGAAAAAGAAAACUCACUAUCAAGGAUUCACAUCAAAUGCUGGAAAGCCUGGAAGUUGUUGCACCACCCAAGAGAGCGAAUAACUCUCAAACUAAACCAAGUCAAACCCAAAUACGAAAACAAACAAAAAUUAAAAGUAAUCUAUAGAAACAUGAUGGAUAUCAAAUACAAGGGAUGGAACAAACACCAGCCAACAACAGGUCAAAAACUGAUUCAAAAGAACAUUAAUCACCCAAUUCUACCAUUCAGAGAAGCCAGAUCAAUCACAACUAUCAAAGGAAGAGACUUAGCAUGGAGAUAUCUACUCAAGGCACUUCCAAAACACCAUGGGGAGAAUUGCCACUCAUGUAAAGAAGAAGAAUCGUCUAUGCACAUCUUCUUCGAAUGCAAAUCAAUAAAACAGAAUAUCGACUCAAUCUAUCAAAAGGUCUGUAAAGACUCCAACAACACUUACCACGGUCCAUGGAGCGAAAAAGUUCUCGGAAAACUACUCACACCAUUCUCAUCAAAUCUGAUAGGAGCCAUUAUGGAAUCGAUAUGGUACAGAAGAAAUCAAAUAAAAUUCAACGAUAACACUACAAUAAUAACAGAGAACCAAAUAAUUCAUAAAAUCAAAAAAGCGAGAGAUGCCGAAUGGGAUAGAACAAGAAAGAUAGUAGAAAAACAACUACGUCAAGAACUAAGAUGCACUGAUAACCGAGAGUCAAUCAAUCGGACCGCAUCAAUAAAAAGAAGACUCGAAAAAUUCAGCCACAACUGGAACUCGAAACUCAUGACCAUAAACAUCCCGGAACACUUCAUACCAUACUGCUCAUAUAACACCAACUACUCAUAA